UUAAUGACCAGCCACAGUGUCCCCGCUGUGCGGUCCUGCCACUGCCUCCACGCAGGUUGCUGGGGACGCCGGCUGAGGUAACAUGGCUUGCUGGCCUCAGUUGAGGUUACUGCUGUGGAAGAACUUCACCUUCAGAAGAAGACAGACAUGUCAGCUGCUGCUGGAAGUGGCCUGGCCUCUAUUCAUCUUCCUGAUCCUCAUCUCUGUUCGGCUGAGUUACCCACCGUAUGAGCAACAUGAAUGCCACUUUCCAAACAAAGCCAUGCCCUCUGCAGGAACCCUUCCUUGGGUUCAGGGGAUUAUCUGUAAUGCCAACAACCCUUGUUUCCGUUAUCCGACUCCUGGUGAGGCUCCCGGGGUUGUUGGAAACUUCAACAAAUCCAUUGUGUCUCGCCUGUUUUCAGAUGCUAAGAGGCUGCUUCUCUAUAGCCAGAAAGAUACCAGCAUGAAGGACAUACACAAAGUACUGAGAACAUUACUCCAGGUGGAGAAUUCCAGCUCAAGUUUGAAGCUUCAGGACUUUCUGGUGGACAAUGAAACCUUCUCAGGAUUCCUGCAUCACAACCUUUCUCUGCCAAGGCCGACUGUGGACAGAACGAUGGGAGCUGGCGUCCGUCUCUACAAGGUGUUUCUGCAUGGAUACCAGUUCCACCUGACCAAUCUGUGCAGUGGAUCCAAAUUAGGAGAGGUGAUCUAUCUCAGUGACCAAGAUGUUUCCAAGCUUUGCAGCCUGCCUAGGGAGAAGCUGGAUCUGUUCAGCAUGAAGAGCUGGAGUGACAUGAGGCAGGAGGUGAUGUUUCUGACCAACGUGAAUGGCUCCAGCUCUUCCACCCAGAUAUACCAGGCAGUGUCCCGCAUUGUCUGUGGCCAUCCUGAGGGUGGGGGCCUGAAGAUCAAGUCCCUCAACUGGUAUGAGGACAAUAACUACAAAGCCCUCUUUGGGGGCAAUGGCACUGAGGAGGAUGCUGGCACCUUCUAUGACAAUUCUACAACCCCUUACUGCAAUGAUUUGAUGAGGAAUUUGGAGUCCAGCCCUCUUUCCCGCAUCAUCUGGAAAGCUCUCAAGCCUCUGCUUGUGGGGAAGAUCCUGUAUACGCCUGACUCUCCAGCCACAAGGCAGGUUAUGGCUGAGGUGAACAAGACCUUCCAGGAACUGGCUGUGUUCCACGACCUAGAAGGCAUAUGGCAGGAGAUCAGCCCCAAGAUCUGGACCUUCAUGGAGAGCAGCCAAGAAAUGGACCUUGUCCGGACACUGUUGGACAGCAGAGGCAAUGGCCACUUUUGGGAAGAGCGGUUGGAUGGCUUAGGCUGGACGGCCCAAGACAUUGUGGCAUUUCUGGCCAAGCACCCAGAGACUGUCCAGACUGGUAAUGGCUCUGUGUACACCUGGAGAGAGGCUUUCAACGAGAGUAGCCGGGCAAUCCAGACCAUAUCUCGCUUCAUGGAGUGUGUCAACCUGAACAAACUGGAACCAAUUGCAACAGAAGUGCAGCUCAUCAACAAGUCCAUGGAGCUGCUGGAUGAGAGGAAGUUCUGGGCGGGCAUUGUGUUCACUGGAAUCACUCCCAGCAGCGUUGAGCUGCCCCAUCAUGUCAAGUACAAGAUUCGAAUGGACAUUGACAAUGUGGAGAGGACAAAUAAAAUCAAGGAUGGGUACUGGGACCCGGGUCCUCGGGCGGAUCCCUUUGAGGAUCUGCGAUACGUCUGGGGGGGCUUCGCGUACCUGCAGGACGUGGUGGAGCAGGCCGUCAUCAGGGUGCUGACUGGCACCGAGAAGAAAACUGGAGUUUACGUGCAGCAGAUGCCCUACCCCUGUUAUGUCGAUGACAUCUUCCUGCGGGUGAUGAGCCGGUCCAUGCCGCUCUUCAUGACGCUGGCCUGGAUCUACUCCGUGGCUGUGAUCAUCAAAGGCAUCGUGUACGAGAAGGAGGCGCGGCUGAAGGAGACCAUGCGGAUCAUGGGGCUGGAUAACGGGACCCUGUGGUUUAGCUGGUUCAUCAGCAGCCUCAUCCCUCUGCUCGUGAGCGCCAGCCUGCUGGUGGUCAUCCUGAAGUUAGGAAACCUGCUGCCCUACAGCGACCCCAGUGUGGUGUUUGUCUUCCUCUCCGUGUUUGCCGUGGUGACCAUCCUGCAGUGCUUCCUUAUCAGCACGCUCUUCUCCCGAGCCAACCUGGCAGCAGCCUGUGGGGGCAUCAUCUACUUCAUGCUGUACCUGCCCUACGUCCUGUGUGUGGCAUGGCAGGACUAUGUGGGCUUCACCCUCAAGAUCUUUGCCAGCCUGCUGUCUCCUGUGGCUUUUGGGUUUGGCUGUGAGUACUUUGCCCUUUUCGAGGAGCAGGGCAUUGGUGUGCAGUGGGACAAGCUGUUUGAGAGCCCUGUGGAGGGAGAUGGCUUCAACCUCACUACUUCGGUCUCCAUGAUGCUGUUUGACACCUUCCUCUAUGGGGUGAUGACGUGGUACAUCGAGGCUGUCUUUCCAGGCCAGUAUGGACUUCCCAGGCCCUGGUAUUUCCCUUGUACCAAGUCCUAUUGGUUCGGCGAGGAAAGUGGUGAGAAGAGCCAUCCUGGUUCCAGCCAGAAGGGAACAUCAGAAAUCUGCAUGGAGGAGGAGCCCACUCACCUGAAGCUGGGAGUGUCCAUUCAGAACCUGGUGAAGGUUUACCGUGAUGGCAUGAAGGUGGCAGUCGAUGGGCUGGCACUGAAUUUUUAUGAGGGCCAGAUCACCUCCUUCCUGGGCCACAAUGGAGCGGGGAAGACCACCACCAUGUCAAUCCUGACUGGGUUGUUCCCUCCCACCUCGGGCACCGCCUAUAUCCUGGGGAAAGACAUCCGCUCCGAGAUGAGCGCCAUCCGGCAGAACCUGGGCGUCUGUCCCCAGCAUAAUGUGCUGUUUGACAUGCUGACUGUCGAAGAGCACAUCUGGUUCUAUGCUCGCCUGAAAGGUCUCUCUGAAAAGCACGUGAAAGCAGAGAUAGAGCAAAUGGCUCUGGAUGUUGGCCUGCCACCCAGCAAGCUGAAAAGCAAAACAAGUCAGCUAUCAGGUGGAAUGCAGAGAAAGCUGUCUGUGGCCUUGGCCUUCGUGGGGGGAUCCAAGGUUGUCAUUCUGGAUGAGCCUACAGCCGGCGUGGACCCUUACUCCCGCAGGGGCAUAUGGGAGCUGCUGCUGAAAUACCGACAAGGCCGCACCAUCAUUCUCUCCACACACCACAUGGAUGAAGCGGACAUUCUAGGGGACAGGAUUGCCAUCAUUUCCCAUGGGAAGCUAUGCUGUGUGGGCUCCUCCCUGUUCCUGAAGAACCAACUGGGAACAGGCUACUACCUGACUCUGGUCAAGAAGGAUGUUGAGUCCUCGCUCAGCUCCUGCAGAAAUAGCAGUAGCACCGUGUCAUACCUGAAAAAGGAGGACAGUGUUUCUCAGAGCAGUUCUGAUGCUGGCCUGGGCAGCGACCAUGAAAGUGACACGCUGACCAUCGAUGUCUCUGCUAUCUCUAACCUCAUCAGGAAGCAUGUGGCUGAGGCCCGGCUUGUGGAAGACAUUGGGCAUGAGCUGACCUACGUGCUGCCCUAUGAAGCUGCCAAGGAGGGGGCCUUUGUGGAACUCUUCCAUGAAAUUGAUGACCGACUGUCAGACCUGGGCAUCUCUAGUUAUGGCAUCUCAGAGACCACCCUGGAAGAAAUAUUCCUCAAAGUGGCUGAAGACAGUGGGGUGGAUGCUGAGACCUCAGAUGGCACCUUGCCAGCUAGACGGAACAGACGGGCCUUUGGGGACAGGCAGAGCUGUCUUCGCCCAUUCACAGAAGACGAUGCCAUGGAUCCCAAUGAUUCUGACGUAGACCCAGAAUCCAGAGAGACAGACUUACUCAGUGGGAUGGACGGCAAAGGCUCCUACCAGGUGAAAGGCUGGAAGCUCACACAGCAGCAGUUCGUGGCCCUUUUGUGGAAGAGGCUGCUGAUUGCCAGGAGGAGUCGGAAGGGAUUCUUUGCUCAGAUUGUGUUGCCAGCUGUGUUUGUCUGCAUUGCCCUGGUGUUCAGCUUGAUUGUGCCACCCUUUGGCAAGUACCCCAACCUGGAACUUCAGCCAUGGAUGUACAACGAACAGUACACAUUUGUCAGUAAUGAUGCCCCUGAGGAUACAGGCACUCAGAAGCUCUUGAAUGCCCUCACCAGAGACCCUGGCUUUGGAACCCGAUGCAUGGAAGGCAAUCCUAUCCCAAACAUGCCCUGCUUGGUGGGGGAAGAGGAGUGGACUACUGCCCCAGUCUCCCCGACCAUCACAGACCUCUUCCAAAAGGGGAACUGGACGAUGGAGAAGCCCUCACCAGCCUGCCAGUGUAGCAGCGACAAAAUCAAGAAGAUGCUGCCCGUGUGUCCCCCAGGGGCAGGGGGGCUGCCUCCUCCACAAAGGAAACAGAAUACCGCGGACAUCCUUCAGAACUUGACGGGAAGAAACAUUUCAGAUUAUCUGGUGAAGACGUAUGUGCAGAUCAUAGCCAAAAGCUUAAAGAACAAAAUCUGGGUGAAUGAAUUUAGGUAUGGUGGGUUUUCCCUGGGUGCCAGUAAUGCUCAAGCACUUCCUCCGAGUGAAGAAGUUAAUGAUGCCAUCAAGCAAGUGAAGAAACACUUGAAGCUGGCCAAGGACAGUUCUGCAGAUCGCUUUCUCAGCAGCUUGGGACGGUUCAUGACUGGACUGGACACCAAAAAUAACGUCAAGGUGUGGUUUAACAACAAGGGCUGGCAUGCCAUCAGCUCUUUCCUGAACGUCAUCAACAAUGCCAUCCUCCGGGCCAACCUGCAGAAGGGAGAGAACCCGAGGAAGUACGGAAUCACUGCUUUCAAUCACCCACUGAACCUCACCAAGCAGCAGCUCUCGGAAGUGGCUCUGAUGACCACGUCAGUGGAUGUCCUCGUUUCCAUCUGUGUCAUCUUUGCAAUGUCAUUCGUCCCGGCCAGCUUUGUCGUGUUCCUGAUCCAGGAACGGGUCAGCAGAGCGAAACACCUGCAGUUCAUCAGUGGAGUGAAACCUGUCAUCUACUGGCUGUCUAAUUUUGUCUGGGAUAUGUGCAACUAUGUGGUUCCUGCCACGCUGGUCAUUAUCAUCUUCAUCUGCUUCCAGCAGAAGUCCUAUGUGUCCUCCACCAAUCUCCCAGUGCUAGCUCUUCUACUUUUGCUGUAUGGAUGGUCGAUCACACCUCUCAUGUAUCCAGCCUCCUUUGUGUUCAAGAUCCCCAGCACGGCCUAUGUGGUCCUCACCAGCGUGAACCUCUUCAUAGGGAUCAACGGCAGCGUUGCUACUUUUGUGCUGGAGCUCUUCACCAAUAAUAAGCUGAAUAACAUCAAUGAUAUCCUGAAGUCUGUGUUCUUGAUCUUCCCACAUUUUUGCCUGGGACGGGGGCUCAUUGACAUGGUGAAAAACCAGGCAAUGGCUGAUGCCUUGGAAAGGUUUGGGGAGAACCGCUUUGUCUCACCACUCUCUUGGGACUUGGUGGGACGGAACCUGUUCGCCAUGGCUGUGGAAGGGGUGGUGUUCUUCCUCAUUACUGUUCUGAUCCAGUACAGAUUCUUUAUCAGGCCCAGACCUAUAAAAGCAAAGCUCCCUCCUCUGAAUGAUGAGGAUGAAGAUGUGAGGCGAGAAAGGCAGAGGAUUCUUGAUGGUGGAGGACAAAAUGACAUCUUGGAAAUCAAAGAGUUGACUAAGAUCUACAGAAGGAAGAGGAAGCCUGCAGUCGACAGGAUUUGUGUCGGCAUUCCCCCUGGCGAGUGCUUUGGACUUCUGGGAGUUAACGGGGCUGGGAAGUCAUCAACUUUCAAGAUGUUAACUGGAGAUACCACUGUGACCAGAGGAGAUGCUUUUCUUAACAAAAAUAGUAUCUUAUCAAACAUCCACGAAGUGCAUCAGAACAUGGGCUAUUGCCCUCAGUUUGAUGCCAUCACGGAGCUGCUGACUGGGCGAGAGCACGUGGAGUUCUUUGCUCUCUUGAGAGGAGUCCCCGAGAAAGAAGUUGGCAAGGUCGGCGAGUGGGCAAUUCGGAAACUGGGCCUUCUGAAAUACGGAGAAAAAUAUGCCGGGAACUACAGUGGAGGCAACAAACGCAAGCUUUCCACGGCCAUGGCUCUGAUUGGGGGGCCUCCCGUGGUGUUUCUGGAUGAACCGACCACAGGCAUGGAUCCCAAAGCCCGGAGGUUUCUGUGGAACUGUGCCCUAAGUAUCAUCAAGGAGGGGAGAUCAGUGGUGCUAACAUCUCACAGCAUGGAAGAGUGUGAAGCUCUUUGCACUAGGAUGGCAGUUAUGGUCAAUGGGAAGUUCCGGUGUCUGGGCAGUGUUCAGCAUCUGAAAAACAGGUUUGGAGAUGGUUACACAAUAGUUGUACGAAUAGCGGGAUCAAACCCAGACCUAAAGCCUGUCCAGGAAUUCUUCGGACUCGCCUUUCCAGGAAGUGUCCUGAAAGAGAAACACCGGAAUAUGCUGCAGUACCAGCUUCCAUCUUCGUUAUCCUCUCUGGCCAGGAUAUUCAGCAUCCUCUCCCAGAGCAAGAAGCGGCUCCACAUAGAAGACUACUCUGUUUCUCAGACAACACUUGACCAAGUAUUUGUGAACUUUGCCAAGGACCAAAGUGAUGAUGACCACUUAAAGGACCUGUCAUUACACAAAAACCAGACAGUAGUGGACGUUGCAGUUCUUACAUCUUUUCUGCAGGAUGAGAAAGUGAAAGAAAGUUAUGUAUGA